AUGAGUUAUUUCCGCAAGAAUGAAGGUGUAAGAAAAAUCAUGCUUCAGUGGCUGCAACAAAUGAAAUGCUCCUACGCCAAGAAGAUCAGUGAGUUGGACACGGCCUUGAAAUGUGACCAAGUGUCCCUGCUAUGGCGACAAAUGGGGAACGAUAAAUUCCGAGCUAACUUGGUCGAGGAGAGCUAUUGCUGCUAUUCUAAGAGCGUACUAUAUGCUAAUCACAAUGGACCCAUGUACCCUUUGGCUUUAGCAAAUAGAUCGGCGUCAUUGUUGCGAAUGAAGAGGUUUAAGGAGAGUUUGGCAGACGUCGCCCUUGCCAUAGAGAGUGGAUAUCCUGCAGAACAAAGGCACAAACUGCUCCUACGUAGGGUAGACUGUCACAUAGAGCUGGGACAAAGGUCCGAAGCACGAAGCGCCCUUUCUUCAGCAAUCGAACACGCGAAAGCUCUCAACCUGUCGGCCAUACAAACCUUGGAAUUCGAGAAGCAUGUGAAAAUAUUAGAGAAGAAACUUGAUAAUCCAGUGUGCGAAAUCAAUCAAGACGACGAGUUCCAAUUACCUGAAUGUCACGAAGGGUCCAAUACAGAUUUUGUUUCCGCCUCCGGUGCUAUUGAGCUUCGACGGAGCGAGACGGCGGGCAGGCACGUGGUGGCAAAGGCGAGCGCCCGACGCGGCGACGUGCUGUUCUCGGAGGAGCCCUACGCUUGGGUCACCCUGCCCGCCGAAGAGCCCGCCUGCGAGAUGUGCUGCCAAACGGACAUCAACUUAGUGCCUUGUAGCCGGUGCUCGCGCAGCGUGUACUGCGGGGCGCAGUGCCGUGCGAGCGCCUCGCCCGCCUUCCACCGCUGGGAGUGCGCCGGCGCCCAGUUCGCGCUCUUCCCCACUAUAGGCAUUGCGCAUUUAGCUUUAAGGUACUGCCUCACGGUCAUCGAUCGUUUCACACGUUGGCCUGAGGCAUAUCCACUGCCGGACAUCACUGCAGAGUCCUGCGCACGAGCAUUUGUUGGGGGUUGGGUAGCCCGCUUUGGCUGCCCGAACAAGAUCACCACUGACAGGGGCGCACAGUUCACGUCCGAGCUGUUCCGCGCCGUGGUGUUAUUACUAAGUGCUAACGAGGGAUUCCCAAGAAUACCGCGGGCCUUCCCGGAGCCAAAGUCUGCGGCGGAACUGUUCCAGGGCUACGCCAAAGUGGAUAAUAUACACAUUUACAAACAAGACACGCCCCCGUUCUAUAGGAUGUUCAAUUUGGUCACAAACUUCGAUAAGAUGAACAACAACGAUUACAUUCAGUACGCUCUGACAGCGACCAUGCUAAUCAACUACCUGGAACAUUUCACCACAUUCUUUGACUACCUGCCCAGUAAAGUGCCUUACAGGCUGUCCGGGGGACAGCUGCGGCUGUUCGCUGGCGCUCUUAUUUUGCGUAGCCUGGGCCAGCUGGUGUGCAAUGGCCACGCCGCUCUUAGCCUCUGCACCGUCGAGGAAGACGACGGCCUCAGCGGGAGGACGAUAACUGAGCGGGAAGUGAGGAAAGCGACCGCCAUUUACCCGUCGGCCGCCAUGAUGAACCACUCGUGCGAUCCGAACAUCAUCAAUACGUUCUACAAGAAGCGUCUGAUAGUGCGCUGCGCGAGCGGCCUGCCCGCCGGCGCAGAGGUGCUCAACUGCUACGGGCCGCACCGCGCCCGCGAGCCGGCGCCCCGCCGCCAGGCGCAGCUGCGGGCCCAGUACAUGUUCACGUGCGCGUGCACCGCCUGCCGCGACGCCGAGCGGCGCGACUUCGCGCUUCUGUUCUCCGCGUACGUGUGCCAGUCCUGCAAGAGCCCCGUGGUGCUGAGCGGGCAGCGGGCCCAGUGCCGCAACUGUUCCGCCGCCCUGCAAUUAGACCGGGCACUGUCCAUCAUCGACCGCGCCGAGGACCUCGCCCUGCAAGGCGAGCAGGCGUCCAGCGCAGAAGAGAGGUGCGAGAAGAUGUACACAGCGUACAGACUGAAGCAGCAGGUGUGGCAUCGGCACCACACAUCGCUGCGCGCCGCCGCCGACCGCCUCGCCAGGCUGCACGCAGACCUCGGUGAUUACAGCAAAAGUGUAGAACUUAUAAAACAAAAUGUGCAGAGUCUUGAAUACCAGUUUGGUUCCUUUAGCGUCGAGGUAGCGCACGAGUUAAGAAAACUUUCCGACGUGAUGCUGGAGAGAAUCUUCAAGAUGCCUGGACAUCCCGAUUACAGGGAUUGGUGCCUGGAGGCCCACAAGGUGAUCAAGAAGGCGGUCCAACUGAUGGAGCUCAACUACGGGCACUGGGAGGUGCUCGUGAAGCGGCUGAGAGAGCAGGAGGCCUUCGUCGCGUCGCUACUCGCCGAGAGCCGCACCCCGGAGACGGCCGACUGCGUCCAGCCACAAUUUGCAUUACAACCUGAAGAUAUGAGCGUGCUACAAACUGGCCCCGUCACGUGGGGCCCGGUCGUGUAUACUUCUAAAUUGGGAACCCGUUCAUUUUCCAUAAUCAGAAAUUUAUAUCGGAAA